AGGGGGUUGUUUAUGAAUAUUGUAACUAUAGUUUCGAUUUGCUAGUCAUGAACACAGUGAAAAGAUUAUCUGGUUUCCUGUACAAACCAGAGGACAUGAUAGUCUCUCUGUUGGGACUCAGCACUUUCAAGACUAUGGGUACUGGCAACGACACAACAAGUGAUCCUUGUUUUGUUAACUGUAGCCUAGGUCCUGAUUGUUUUAAUGGAACCUGUAUAUGCCCAUGCUCCAACUCCAACAUCUCGUAUGCAGCUGCAUUUGCCUCUUUUUCUUACCUCCUGCUGCUCAUAUCAUCCAUUCAACUAGUGCUAGUUAUAGUCUACGAUGCAGUUGAAGACACCAAUAAAGUGGAGGGCACUAGCUGGUGGGCUAGAGCCUUUAGAGUCACUGUACAGAAGUGUCUACUAGGAGCAGUGAUAAUGGCCACUGGCACUCGAGCCAUCUACUACACUGUGAUUUCAUACAUACCCAGUAAGUGGGCUGAUAUACUGCUCAACAUCUACUACCCUGCACUGCUCUCAGCUUUCUCUUUGCUUGUCUGCUUUUGGGCAGAAUUUGGUCCUUUUUUCUUUAUACAGUACUUCUACCACUCCUCACCAGUUGAUGAUCGACAUUUUCUUAGAAAGUACAAGUACUCUGUUUCCUUCUUACUCUUCAAUGUCAUCGUUUAUCUGCUCCUGAUUGCAGGCAUUAUAGCCACACCUCUCGUUAACGAUCAGGAGCAGCUUCAAAUGACAGGCAUCAUCAGCACCAUAUUUGCAUUUUUGCUGUUCACGACUCUAGUGGGAUUCCUGCACUUUGCUAUUAGGCUCUUCUUUAGGCCAGACUGGCAGCCUCCCUCGUUCCAGUUAGCUGUACUGAAGGUCAAUCUACGACAACAGGCAGCAUCUAUCUGUGGCAUUAUUACGAAUGCUCUUAUGCAGGCAAUGAUUAUUGGCCUCCUUGUAUUCAACAUGGUGGGGCGAUUUAAACGUGUGGACAGCUACAGUCUAUAUGUAUGCGCCAUUGUAAUUCGUGUCACUGAGUUGGUCCUCCCUGUCUGGUUUUGCUGCUCACUUUGGAACUACAAACAACCUACAACCCUAUGGAUCCUCAAUCCAAGACUUGUGUUGAAACUCAAUAGAAAUGAGGAAGACACUGAAUCAUCUCCGAUUCUCAGAGAGGAGACCAACAACAGCUAUGGAGCUAUUCAGAGAGAUACACUUGGUGCCAGUGUGGAGUCUCAGGAAGAGGGAUGCUGCUGGGUUUGCCAGGGUGUUAUUGACAAUCCUGAUGAGUUAUUCUAUCCUUGUCAUUGCAAACUGCACAGGAGCUGUAUCAAAAAAUGGGUCGCAAAGCGAUCCUCAGCCUCAAGUAUACCUGAAAAAGAGUACCUGAGGUGUCAGGUUUGCAGACAGAAGUAUCGUAUAAAGAGGUUCUCUUACUUGUGUGUUCCCAGAGGUCUACAGCGAAAACACUGGGUGCAGUUGUUUGUGGUUUUGUUUAUCCUGGGAGCUUCUGUGGCUGGUUGUGUAUAUGCUGGUAAACACCCAUCGCUCAAUGAUACAGUCAAGAUUGCAAUCAUCUCGUGUGUAGUUGUGUUCAAUGCUAUCCUGCUCAAACUGCUUGGUUGUGGAAUGGUGCUCGCUUGGAGAAGGUCGAAGUACACUACAAUUGACAUCAGGGGAAUCUCUGUGGAUAAAUGGCGAAGGAGAAUUGAGCAGCGAACAGGCGAAGACACCCCCCAGGAAAAUGUUUUUGAUGAAACAUCAAACACUCUGGUUAGCAGUGUACGCUAUGCCAGCACUACACAAAGUGUUACGAUUGAGUGUGAAGAUAGUGUGGCUAAUUCUGAAUGAACUGUAUAAUUAGCUUCUGCCAACUUUUGUGUAAUAAACUGUCGUAAUGAUCAGUGUAUGCCUGUGGUUUCUUAACUAUGCUAUAGUCUACAGG